GUAUUAACUCGCAUAACAACAUUUACAUAACAAAAUAUCUUCAUUAUUCUGGCUGAAAGAUAAUUCAAAUGUCGUUUUCAUUUUGCCAUUUCACGUGUCCCAGGGCCGAAAAGAGCGGGAAGGUGGUGAAUGGGGGAAGGGUAGAUAACAAAGUAACGUUAUGUGGGUGGAGUAGGCUACUACUGUACGUAGAUGGGACGCCCCUGGCUUCAAAGUAACCAAUGCACGUCUGAGGAGGAAAGGGUCUCGAGACACAACAGAGGCUGAUUUGAGUGGGUCAUCAGCCUGGGCGAGAGUAUAUAAACUCGGGGCAUAACCUUAUAGUACUACUCUACUCAUCAACUCCACGAUGUCUGAUACAGCCAAGCCUGCGCCCAAGAAGGGCUCCAAGAAAGCCGUCAGCAAGUCCGCUGCAAAGGGCGGCAAGAAGCGCAAGAGGACCAGGAAGGAGAGCUAUGCUAUCUACGUGUACAAGGUCCUGAAGCAGGUCCACCCCGAUACUGGGAUCUCUUCUAAGGCCAUGAGCAUCAUGAACUCCUUCGUCAACGACAUCUUCGAGCGCAUCGCUGGUGAGGCUUCUCGCCUGGCGCAUUACAACAAGCGCCACACCAUCUCCUCCAGGGAGAUCCAGACAGCAGUGCGUCUGCUGCUGCCCGGUGAGCUCGCCAAGCACGCCGUGUCUGAGGGAACCAAGGCCGUCACCAAGUACACCAGCUCUAAGUAAAAUGUUUGUCCACUUCCUCAACCUAAAGGCUCUUUUAAGAGCCACCCAAAAUCUCACAGGAAAGCUGUUCCAUAUGUUGGUGCUCAUGCUGAAUGAGUUGCCCGUAUUUCCUGAUUAAAUGCAGCCUUGCAUAUGAGCGCGCACAUAAUAGCCCUCUAGCAGCCUACAAUUUGCAAAGUCAAAGUUCAGGAUGAUGCACAGAAAGUGUGUCACGUGUGGAUAAUACACGUCUAGGCUAAAAAAAAAAAGUUGGUAUCAUGACUUACGUUGGCCAACUAGUUUGAAAUUCCCAAAAUGUUACAUUUCAAUUAUACUAAACUUGCAUGAGGCAGACAAAGUUUGGCUUGUCAGAUGAUGUUAGUGCGCAAAGUUUAAAAUGCACUACCACAGAUAAUGGGUAUGUAUCCAACAAGCAUGCUCAACUUAUAAAUAUGAUGCUAAUGGAAUAGAACAGUGUAGUCCAGUGGGCUCCUGAUGUACGCACACGCGAUGUAGGCUAUACAUUCUAAUAACUUUAGAUGCUCAAUAUUAAGUGGGCACAAUUCUAUACUUCACUGUUCAAACGUUUCGUGUUGUUGCUGGUUACAUAGAGUUAAUCUUAAAAAAGUGAUGAUGCUAGU